AUGACAACACGCUCGGUUGCACGCAUUGAUGAAAAUAUGGACCCGCGACACUUCGGCACUUCCACUGAUGACACCGCCAUCUACUUGGAAGACUCUAUGGACGAACCAACUGCCCGCUGUAUCAGUUCCUCUCCAUCAGUAGUGGCAAUUCUUUCACCACAGAAAUUACCCCCCAGCAGCGGCCACGCUGUUGACCUCACAGACUAUGAUAACGGUUGCAGUGGGGGUGUAUCUAGCGUUAAGGUUAGUCGUAGUCAUCCGCUUUCGGAUUUGACAAAUACAGGUGUUACCAACUUGCAUUUCUCCAAGUCACCCACCCCAAGACGUUCGGUAUCUUCGUCAUUACUCCAAAAACGCAGUUCUUCAGGAACACCAGGUUCCUCACAAAAGCAUCAUCAUCAUCAUCAUCAUAAUAAGCAGCAACAUGGUUCUCACCAUCAUAAUGGGGUAUCCUCAGCACUGUGUAUGGAUUCAGACCAUCAUGAGGAGCGUACUGUACCAUUGGCGGAGUAUGAAAGACUUCAGCGAGAACGAAAUCGAUACGAAAAAAUGUAUGAACAUCAGAAAGUACUCUAUGAAGAAAUGUCUGAGAGGCAGAGUGAUACAUACAAGGAAUUACAGGAAAAAAUUAUUGAAGUUGUUGCCCUUUCUACACGUAAUGAAGAGAACAAGCGAUUUAUUCGACAAUUAAAACGGGAAAUGGCAGACAGUCGGACACGUGUUAUGAAUAUUCAAAAUCGUGCAAUGGAAGAAACAAAAAUGGAAAAAAGUGCUCGAGAGCUUUAUCAGACUCAAUUGUGUGAACAACGUGAAAAGUAUGAAUCUUGUAUUGAAAAACAUGAGUCCAGAAUAGCUGGACUUGAAAGCUUACUAAAAGAUAUUACUUCUAUGAAAGGUGAAUGUGAUAGAAUACAGGUAUCACAACUUGAUGCCCUUUUAAAAGCUUCAUAUGCGAAAAAUACUGCCCUCUUUGGUGAUUUACUUCGUCAGGGCCGCCAAAUAGAUAUGCUUUUUGAAAGCAAAGCUGGACUUGAGAAGCAGUUGGAACAAUUAAGACGUGAGAAGCGUGAGAUGGAGGCUUCUUGGUCUGAGGAACGGCGUCGAAUGAUGGAUGAGACAAAACGAUACAGUGCACAAGUGAGUGAGCAGCAGCGCUCUAUCCUAGAGCUGCGUCAAAUGUUAAUUCGCAGUCUUGAAUCUGCUACACUUGCCCAGAAGGAGGGGGAUAACAGUGGUGAAGAGGGUGAUGAUGAUUCUGAUAAAACAGACAGCAGUAGUGGUAGCAGCAGUUACUCCUCUGAGGGAAGCUUAGAGGAUGAUAGAGGACUUAUUGGAAAUGAUGAAAUUGUUGCUGCCCCUGCCCCUGCCCCUACAUCUGUUCCUGCUGAUACUAUUAUUAAGACUGCUCCACACACAGUAGGAAAGGGAACAGCAGCUACUGUAUCUGCCGCAGUGGGAGAAGGAAAAGAGAAAGUGCAGCCACCACUCCCGCAUACAGAGCGGCCAUUAGAGCGCCGAAUGACGGAUAUAGCGACAUUAUCCUCGCAAAUCCAGGCGAAGCUAAAGUCCCUUCCACCAGGACGGAUCUGA